AUGGAGGUGAGUGGCCAGCGAAGACGUGGAGAGACGCAGCAAGGCGCGGCUGAUAGCGGCGAGGUCGCGUCUAAUAGCGGCGAGGUCACAUCUGAUAGCGGCAAGGCGCGGCUGAUAGCAGCGAGGCGCAGCGAGGUCACGUCUGAUAGCGGCGAGGCGCGUUGCGAGGAAGGCAGUGGCGCGUUGCGAGGAAGGCGGUGGCGCGUUGCGAGGAAGGCGGCAGCGGAACAUUUCAACGUGAUUGGAUCAGACCCUAAUGGAAAUUUGGGUGAGGCUCGUUGGCCUGAACUGCGAGAGCAAGGUCGAAUAUCAGGGGCUUGCUUUGAUGCUGCUCGUGGUAUUGUACCUGGUUUAAAGGUAAGAGAAACAGACUAUAAGACGGCUGAUGGAACUUGCAUACGAGAUUAUAUCGAUGUAACUGACCUGGUCGAUGCUCAUGUAAAAGCUCUAGAAAAGGCACAACCUGCUAAAGUUGGGAUCUACAAUGUUGGCACUGGAAAGGGUAGUUCAGUGAAGCAGUUUGUGGAAGCUUGUAAAAAGGCGACAGGGGUGGACAUUAAAGUGGAAUUCCUUCCUCGUCGUCCUGGUGAUUAUGCUGAGGUGUACAGUGACCCGAGAAAGAUCAAACGUGAACUGGAUUGGAGUGCUAAGUACACUGAUCUUCAACAGAGUUUGAGGAUUGCAUGGAGAUGGCAGAAAUCUCAUUGUGAUGGUUAUGGGGUUUCAAAUGAAUUGCGUUGAAUUACUUGAAAUUCUACCAAUGAAACCCCUGCUGCAAUUCUAUUUAUCUAUUUAUAUAUUAGAAAAUUUGUUCUUAGGGACCCUGUAGUUCAUUCGUUACAUGUAUUCACCUUAUUAUAUGAUUCAGUAAUAUAAUGCUGAGCCCCUAUUAUAGCUUUCUUCAAUAUCC